AUGUCUAUCGCGUGCUAUCGUCUGUCGCCAUGGCAUCCCCUCUCCCGUUUUCCUGGGCCUGUAUCUGCUCGUCUCACCAAGUGGUGGAUGAUUUACCAGAUUGCGGUGAAAGGGGGUAGGCAUGUCAAGCUGCGGGAACUUCAUGCCCAAUACGGACCGUGGGUUCGCGUAGGCCCCAAUGAAAUUUCGGUUAACCUUCCCUGCGCUGUUCGUCCGAUAUACAACAAGCUCGAUAGGUCGCCGUUUUAUUCUGCGAUACCAGCAGACGCCGAUACCCUGAUUACAGUCUUGGAUCGUCAAGUGCACGCCAGUCGCCGGCAGGCUUGGACAAAGGCAGUUACUUCAGAUGCAAUGCAGUCUUAUAUUCCAUUCUUGAUGGCCCGUAUAACUCAGCUUGAUCGCAUAUUCGAUAGAGAAACCUCCAAAGGUCCGGUACAAAUUGAUCACUGGAUUAAUUUAUUCCUGAUGGAUCUGAUGGGUGAUAUGGGCUUCUCUGGAGGGUUCGAGACCAUGAGUGCAGGCAAAGAUACAGAAGGAUGGAUGGAAAUGUUUGCUAAGAAGAAAGUUGCCGAGAUUAAGGCGAGCACUGGCAAUAAGACACGGAGAGAUAUACUCGGUACUCUGCUUGACGAAUCAUCGGCAAUAUAUCGCCUCAACGAAGCAGAGGCAGCCGCUGAUGCUGCGUUGAUCGUUGUUGCUGCAACAGACACGACGGCGCAGACACUUGCCGCCCUUGUUCCGUAUACUAUGUGCGACAGAAAUAUAUUAUCCAGGCUUCAGGCGGAAGUGGGGACGGCUUUCGUGUCUUAUUCCGGUGAAUCAGAGAACAUGGAUGUAUCAGCGGUGAUGCGCCUUCCAUUCCUUGAUGCUUGUAUUCAAGAGGCUUUGCGACUCGUCCCUCCCGGACCAUUUGGACCGCCUCGCACUUCAGGCUCGGUCGGCGUUAAUAUCAGCGAUGUCUACAUUCCACCCAAUACAACCAUCCACGUGCCGGUCUAUACCAUGCAUAGGGACAGUGCAAAUUUCGGCCCUAAUGCUGACGAUUACGCACCUGAACGGUGGCUAGAAGGCAGCAUCUGUACCAUUAAUUUCGAGGGUAAACCCAAAAUUAUUAAAGAAGCAUUCAUGCCAUUUAGUGCGGGCUAUGCGAGCUGCGUUGGAAAGAAAUUAGCCCUGCAAAAUAUGAAGUGA